AUGGCAGAGAAUAAAGAGCAGCCCCCAGCUGCUACUGAUGUGCCACCUCCAAAGCAGCGCAUCCAACCAAAUCUUUCUAAUCUUUUCAAAACUGAUUCAGAUGAUUCUCCUUAUGCACAAGAUAACCGCAAAUUAAAAGUUAUUUUAACUAACCGUAUUCAUGAAGAUGUUCUUGAAGCUACCAAGAAUGAUAACUAUGAAGUUUUGCAAACAUUUCAAGGUUCCAAUCCAAUUGAAUCGAUUAACGAAAUUUGUGAACUCGUCGAUUCACAGAGUUAUGACCAAUUGGUUAAUUCAAAGAAGAAGCUCUUAAUUGAUUUUGUCUCAUUCAUUCGUCAGAAGAUCCCAAUUAAGACAGCAUUCAAUAUCGGCUUCAACUGGUCUCCAGCAAUCCCACGCCAUGUUGCACAUGUCGAUUCUGUAUUACAUCUCAUCCUUAGAAUUGCUAACACUGCACAGGAUGGCAACAAAGUCUUAUAUUGGCUUGCAAACUCUCUUUUCCCAAAAGUCUGGACAAAGCGUUCAACAUUGAUGAAUACACAGCUCGGUGCUGUUUGCCGUUGCGUUGUUCCACCUUCAAGAAGAGCUUAUUGGGCACUUCUUACAACUACAAAGCAGUUUAAGCUUUAUCUCCUUAAGAAGAAUACAUGCGUACUCGAAUUCGAGUGCAAGGUUAACCGUACACGUGUCCAUGAAGAUGGAAAAUCAGUUAUUAUUACUGAUGAAGCCGGUAACGAUGUAAAGACAUUCCUUCCUGUCGAUAUCAACCAGGCUCAGAUGUGGGGUGCCGCUCUCGCUAAGCAACACUCACCUUUCCCAUACUAUCUUUCUUCAUUCCAGACACCACUUCCUCCUGAAUACUACCAUGCACUUUUCGAAGCUUACACAUGCGCAGAUAUGGUUAUUGUCCGCUGCGUUACCAAUCCAAAGGUUACUCCUUACUCAGAUUCCGAGAAUCGUGGUGAGAAGCUCAUGGACUCUCUCCUUGAUGUUUUCUCCCAUGCAGGUAAGGUCAACCUCCUCCUUUGCCAGAUGGCCGCUAUCGAUAUCGAAGGAGUUUCAAAGGCAGAAGAUCUCCUUACAAAACAGACAAACUUCGGCCAUCUCGUCGAUUGCUUCGUCGAGCGCUGGGGUGCCAUCUAUUUCGAAAAGUUCGUAAGCAAACUUCUUGACUACAUUUGCUCCAAACCAGCAUUUGCAAAAGGUCUUAAGGCUUCAGCUUCUGAUAUCGAAGUUCCAUUACAUACAGCUCUCAAGCUUAUUUCCUGCUCAGCCAGCCUUGUUCCAAAGCAAUUGAAGCAUAUGGCUCAAGUUAUUGGCGCUUAUGCAACAUGCCAGUUCAACAACAAGCACGAUGCAUUAAUGGCAAUUUCUCGCUUCUUCCUCUUCCGCUGCUUACUUAUCAUUCUCCAACAAUCCGAAUUUUACUCUGGCAAGCCAUGCGCAAACAAGGAAGCCGUCGAUGGUUUCAUCGAGAUUGCCAAGGUCGCCUUUUCAUUCGGCGACUUCACAGGCAGCCUUGCAGACUUAAACAACAGGUUAUCUCAUAAUGACUAUCCACUUCUCGACAAGUUCCUCUUCAGUAUCGCACAACUUACAGAAUCCCCAGAGUACGACGGUAUCUCUAAGGAGCGCUUCUGCGAAGUCAUCGAGUACAUUCUUUACUGCAUUUCUCAUAAAGAGAACGCAAACAAGAUCAGCGAACAAGACUCUUUCAUUCAGUUUGUCCUUGCAUUCAACGAUGCAGCUCUCGCUAACAACCAAGAACCUUUGUUAUUACCUCAUAACUUACACGUUGUUCUUUCACAGUUCUUCAACCAACGACCGGACGACGACAUGCAGCAGCUCGCGAAAGAAGGCCAGGACCUCGACGCCCCGCAGAAUUACUUCCAAAAGAUGGAAUCAGCACCAGCGGACCCAGGAAUGUCCGGAUAUCCUCCAAUGCCUGGAAUGGGUGCCAAUGCUGGCUUCCCGCCUAUGGGAUUCCCUCCAAUGGGAGAUCCAAAUGGCGGAUUCCCACCGAUGGGCGGAGAUCCGAACGCUCCUUAUCCACUUCUUCCAGAUGGUGGUAUGGGAAUGGGCGUUGGCGUUGGAUUUGGUGUCGACGUCAACGCAUCAGCUCCAGCACCUGCUCCAGGGCCAGAAGCAGCACCAGAACCGAAGACGCCAGCGAAGAAAGGUGCAGCAGCCGCGAAGAAGUCUCCUGCAAAGAAGGGAGCGACACCGGCAAAGAAAGGAGCCGCAGCGAAGAAAGGCGCAACUCCUGCAAAGCAAGGAGCAGCAGGAAAGAAGGCAGCUCCAGCGAAGAAAGGUGCAGCUGCAAAGAAGGGAGCGGCAGCAAAGAAAGCAGCACCAGCGAAGAAAGGCGCCGCAGCAGCAGGAAAGAAGGCAGCUCCAGCGAAGAAAGGAGCUGCUGGAAAGAAAGGAGCAGCAGGAAAGAAGGCAGCUCCAGCGAAGAAAGGAGCUGCUGGAAAGAAAGCUGCACCAGCUAAGAAGGCAGCGCCAGCAAAGAAAGCAGCCCCAGCUAAGAAGGGAGCCGCCAAGAAGAAAUAA